AUGAUAGCUCAGCAUAGUGGUAUAUCCAUUGGAACAGCAAGCUUUCUCAUAGGAAGCUUGCUUUUUAUUCUUUUGUUUCGCCGGCAGAAAAUAUCUUAUGGACUACUUUCUUGGAAGAAGAAAGCAAAGCAUGCCCAAACAAUUGAAGCCUUUCUGAAAAAAUACCAUUCUCUAGCUACAAAACGUUAUGCAUACUCUGAUAUAAAGAAAAUAACCAAGUCAUUUAGUGAAAAACUAGGUCAAGGUGGUUAUGGCAGUGUUUACAAGGGUAAAUUGUUUGAUGGCAAUCUAGUGGCCGUGAAGGUCUUGGAUGAAACUAAAAGUAACGGCGAGGACUUCAUCAAUGAGGUAGCUGCCAUUGGAAAUACUUCUCAUAUAAAUAUCGUCACUCUAAGAGGAUUUUGUGUUGACGGGUCAAAACGAGCACUGAUCUAUGAUUUCAUGCCCAAUGGUUCUUUAGAGAAGUAUAUAUGCUCAAUGAAGAAACCUAUGGGAGAAGCUUCAAUAGGAUGGGAAAAGUUGUACGAGAUAGUAGUUGGUAUAGCUCGAGGGCUAGAAUACUUGCAUCGAGGAUGUAACAAUCGAAUUGUUCAUUUUGACAUCAAGCCUCACAAUAUCCUACUAGACAAAGAUUUCUGCCCAAAGAUUGCAGACUUUGGAAUGUCCAAACUGUGCCCUCCACAACAAAGUAUAGUAUCGAUGUAUGGAGCUAGAGGAACCAUAGGUUACAUUGCUCCCGAAGUAUUUUCGAGAAGUUUUGGUGUUGUCUCUAGUAAGUCUGAUGUUUAUAGCUACGGCAUGAUGAUUCUUCAUAUAUUUGAAGGCAAAAAUAGCACAAAUACAAGAUUCGAGAGCAAUAGUGAAGCUUACUUUCCUCAAUCGAUUUAUCAGCACAUCGACAAUGCGGAUUAUCUUAAAGAAAUCGGAGUAACGAAUGAGACUGAAGAAAUUGCAAGGAAGAUGUUGAUCGUUGGAUUUUGGUGCAUACAAACUAUGCCAGGCGACCGACCCUCAAUGACUAGGGUGGUUGAUAUGCUGGAAGGAGACACGGAUGAAUUGUCAAUUCCACAGAAGCCAGUCCUAGCAUCUCCUUUGGAUUCGAUACCAGAUCCUGCAUUGCAUCCUCUGCUUGAAAUUUACAAGUUAGAGGUCUCUUCGUCGCUGGUUUCUUCAACUAAUGGUAAGGUUGAACCAUUGGAAAUUGGUUUGACAGGUCUCUCAUCCCCAACCCCUGAUUGA